GUCAUUAUAAUUCGAAUUAUUGGACUUUUGUUUCUUUCCUUUUGUUUUUUUAAACAUAUAAUUCCACUAAAACCCAUCAUUUUUGUGUUUUUUCUGGGUUUAAUUUUGCAACUUCGGAAUUACCCUCUAGAUUUUAGGACGGUUGCAAUACAAUGCUCUACUUUUUAGGACUUUUGGGGUAUUUUUUAGCUAAUUUCUUACCAUUUUGAUAGGGAAAUUCGUUGAUUUCUUUCAUCAAUUACUUUUUUUUAAUUAUUAUUUUAAUGUAUGGAAUUGCAUUUCUCUUAAUUUUGACAUUUACAUAAGCAAGUUCUCGUCUUUUGUUUUUGACAUUUUUCUGUUCGGUGAACUAAACAUACCCUUGUCUACAGUUCCAGUAAUUUUCUGAGAUCGGAAUUUUUUCAGAAAUGUGAAAUUAAUUAAUUGUGGGGUGGUUGUCAUUGACAAAUUCUAGGAAGGAAUCACAUUGCAUUGAGUUGACCGUGCACGUUCUUUUCUUGAUUGAGAUUAUACUUUCUAUUUUUUAAUUAUGAAUUAAGAUACAAUUAAGUUAAUUAUUGUUUGUAUGAGGAAUAUGAAAACUGAUUGUGGACGGACAUGGUCACACGCUUCUGUUUGGAGGCCACGCAUGUAGCAGUCGGCGACGUUGCCAAGAGUUUAAUUGGACCUGUUCUCUACGUGUUUCACCGUAUUAUUAUUUUAAUUAGGUGAAAGUUCCGAUUUGACAUACUCCCAUUUUUGGAUCUUCUUCUCCCUAGUAGCAAGUUGAAAAAGAUGGCUUCUUCAUCGGUAAGCUCAAAGAGUCCUUUUAAAGGACCGGAAUCAAGGAAAGCAAAUUCCUGGUGGUGGGACAGUCAUGUUGGAAGGAACACGAAAUGGCUUGCAGAAAAUUUAGAAGAGAUGGAUCAACAUUAUAAACGUAUGCAAAAGUUGAUUGAAGGGGAUGGAGACUCAUUAGCAAAAAAGGCUGACAUGUAUUAUCAGAAGAGGCCUGAAUUACUAUCUCAUGUAGAAGAGUUCUACCGGAUGUACAAGUCGUUGGCUGAGCGUUACGAACAUUUGACUGGAGAAGUGCGGAAAAACCUUCAACCAGACCUUCAAUCACAGGGGUCCGUGGGGUCAGACACCAGUGCUGAUGUGUUUUCUGUAUGGUCCUCUCAGGAACAAAAGAUUAUUCAUCGGAAAACUGGUCCUCGAGCUGCUGGAUUUGACUUUUUUCUUGGUCCUAAGAAAAGUAACUUUGAUCAAUCUGCGAAAGGAGAUGAAACACCUUCGAUAUCAGAUUCUGAGACAGAAUUUUCAGAAUCUGAUGUGUCCUCUCUUUAUAGUUAUACUGGAAUGUCAGUGAAUACUGCCUACACUGGUGAAGAAGAGGUGCAGUCGAGGCCUUUGGAAUCAGAAACUGAGAGUUGUGAGGUGGAUAAGAUGCAGGUACAACACCAUGAGAAUCGUAAUGGGUCCUUGAGAAAAAGCACAAGUGGAAAUUUUGAUGAUGUGCAUCCUAAGACUGCAGAUUAUGAAGAAGAACUGAAAAUGGCAAAGGUUAAAAUCCACCAAUCAGAAGAAGAAAUUGCUAAAUUGAAAAUAGAGCUCCUGAAGUUUACAACCUCAGAGUUCACCAGCAAUUCGCUGCAUGAGUAUCCCGGGGUAGAAAAUAGUACUUCCACAGAGGAGGUUGAGCUGGAAACUGAUGAAAGUACAUUAGAAGUAGAUAUUUCUCAACCCGAACAAAAGAUCCGGGCACUGUCAGAAGAGUUGAGAAUCACAAAGGGGAGACUCCAAGCUUUAGACAAAGAGAUUGCGCAAUUAAGAAAGGAAAACAGGGAUUCCUCUGACAAUAUGCGGAAAAUGCAGGAUCUACUUAAAUUGGCUCAGAAGGAAGCUGUUACAUGGAAAGCAAGGAUUGAGUCUGAGAAACGACAGGCAGCCAAGAUGCAAGAAAGGAUCGCAAGGUACAAAACCAGUUUAAAUGAUCGCGAAAAUGAGGUUCGGGAUCUGAAAGAAGUGAUCUCUGAUGCGAAUCGCAAGUAUCAGCUCCAUGCUGAAAUAACUAGAUUGACUGACGAAAAGACUCGCUUGGAGGAGAACCUUAGGGAAUGGGAAAUGAAUUGUCAUUCUCUGGAAUCUCAGCAUGCGGCCUUGGAAAAUAAAUUAAAUGAUGAAAUUGAACAGCUGAAAGGAGAUAUUACUGAAAAGAGACAUAGGCUAGAAAUUAUGGAAAGUGACCUCGAUGCAUUCAAGCUAAAAUAUGAUAACCUAUCAAGUGAAAAAGAAAAGAUCAAUACUGAAUUAAGUGCAAGAAAUGACCGAGUUGCUGAAAUGGAAAAGCAUCUGCAACAGUUGGUUUCUGAAAAAGAUGAGACAAGUAAAGUGGUGCAGGAAUUAAGGUCAAGAGAUGAGGAACUUAGAGAAGAGGUUGAGAGACAGAAAGUCUUGACGUUGGAAGCCUCUGAAGGAAAAAGGGAGGCAAUCAGGCAGUUAUGUUUCUCCCUCGAGCAUUACAGGAAUAAUUAUCUGGAGAUUCGACAAGCUUUCACAGUGCACAAGCAGCUUCAUGUUUUUGCUACCUAAUAAUCUUUUCUUUUCGGGAUAGAGAUGUCAAAACCUCGAUUUUCCUGAGGUUUCGAAGGUCUAUAGGAUGAAUUUCCAUUUCUUCAUUGAGUCAUGUAUAUAUGUCAUCAAGUUGUCGGCUUUAGAUUUGUUCUAGUUCUUUUCUUGUUGGGGUUGAAGAAUCAGGACAUGUCAUGACUCAUGAGCAUGGUGCUUUUUUAGUCACGAUCAGAAUGCUGAAUGUCAUCUUGAUGAACUCGAUUUAGCGUGGACACUAAAGUAGUUCCCGGCAGUUUUUAACUUUUAAGGACAUUUUUACUCUUUGUACACUGAAUUUCUGAGAGGUGAAGUAGAGCUGUGGAAGUCCGUACCCACCGAUGGACGGUGCGGAAGCGGUCUACUUAGUUUGGAGCCUCUGCAAUACGUUGAAAUUCAGAUAUAAUUUGACAAUAACCUCAUUGUUGAACAUCAACACUGUACAUAUUUUCACCCACUUUGUUUGGUUUGCUCCUGUUUGUAAAUGGAGGUACUUUGUUGUGUGAGAUUUAUUGAACUUGUAAAAGUUUGGUUUGUGAAUCGGACUUUAACAUAAUAUGAAUAGAAAUGAUUUUCACGCAUGUUA